GAGCUGUCGAGCGUUGAUGACGUCAAGGUGCGACUCGAGUCAUGCCUACAGUUGUGUUUGUCCAUGAAGUUAGGGAGAAAGAAAGAAGCUAGGUAUUUAAUUUGGAUAUCGAGUGGAAGUGUGAGUCGCUUUUAAAUAGUUAUAAUCAUACCUAGAGCAAACGAGAGAGUGAUAGUUAUCUUUAAGUAACUAAUGGCAUUUGGAAAACAGCAAGGUUAGCUGGCUAGUCUCAUCUCCAGGUUAUUGAUUCAUGUAACUAACAGCAUGUGAUGAUCUUAGGUCAGUUGGUUUGGGAAAUACGUGUUUCUACAGUUUGUGUAUGCCAAAUUAAGGGUUAUAGCUGGUGUAUAACUCAAGUGAAUGUGAAGCUUAGUAAUAGAUAAUCCACAUUACGUUCUCACAAACCCAGAGGCCAACAUGGGCUCCACCUUGAUAUUAAAGGUCAGAAUAUGCCUAAAACCGUUAAAGCCUUUCUUUCACCAGCGAAGUGUAGCUUUCUUCACACUCAAUCCUUCUCUGUGCAAGUCAUCACAGCCUAUCUCAGCAUGCUUUCUGUGCACCAGAGACACUAAGCCCAACCCAGGUGGCAGAGAGACAGACAAAAGCAACAGUGGACGGACUAAUGGACAGGGGGGAGUAAAAAAUAGCACUAUCAGAUGUAGGGAAGAGGAAUUAUGGGAUGGUGCUGUAAAUAGAAAAGGUAAGAGCUCAACUCUUUGGCAGAGGCCUUCCUUCCCCAAAUCUGUGUUUGCUGCUGGGACAGCAAAGAGGACGGCAGAGUUGCUGAAGAGGAAGCAGCAUGUAGGGGAGCCUGAAGGGAGGACAACUAGAGGAGCAGCAAAGGUGCAUCCACCCGACCGGCCGCUCGCUGCUGCAGAGUGGAGAAAGCUGAAGGAGUCUCUGGGAAAUCCGCAACGCUUUGACAUCCAGAUGAUGUGUGCGCUGUUCACCUCCGGGGGAGAUCUGGAUAUCGCCAAGUCCCUACUGACUUUUGUUGCAAUGGAAACAGGAACCCUGUCUUAUGAGCUGUUACUACGGUACCUGACACUGUGUGUGAGCAGCGGCCACGACUCUGAGGUGUUCGAUGUCUAUGACAUUAUGCGGGGAAGUUUCCAUUCUCUGGACACAGGAGCGUCCAGCCUCUUUAUCAAGUCCUUCAGCCGGACGGCGAGGUGGAGGGAGGCUGUCAGCAUCCUGCAUGAGGUUAAGAAGGUCUUUACCCCAUCACCACGCAACUAUGGCGACAUUAUCACAGCAGCGAUGUUACAUGGUGACACGACCACUGCCUGGGCUCUUUAUGAUGAAUUAAUUGAAAAGGGACUGAGCCCGCACCAGGAGACCUGGGACACUAUGUUUAAGGGAGUGGGGAAGACAAAUGAGAUGGAGGCAGAGGGCAUGUCUCAGUCUGAGCACCAGGAGAGGCUGCAGGGGAUUCUGCUCUACAUGAGGAACAACCAGAUCUACCCCCAACACAGCCUUGCCGGCAGCAUUAAGACCUGGUUUGAGAGUCUCACAGGACAGACAUGGACAGGAAGUUGGACCAGCGCCACCCCAAAGGGUUUGUGUAGGUGUUGUGGGUCUGAGUUGGAGUCCAUCCAGCUGACUGCUGAGGAGUACCAACAGCUAAAAGACAGAGUGAUGGCUGACAUCAUUCAGGGACGAGAUGUUUUUAACAAGACUACACCGGAGGAGUUGGAGAGGUUCAAGGCAUUUGUGAAGAGGAAGCCAGCUUUUGAUGUGGUUGUAGAUGGACUGAAUGUAGCAAAUACCAACAAGGACAAAAGCAGGCAGUCAGAGACGUUGUUGGCGGUGGUGUCAGAGCUGGAGAGUCAGGGCCUGACUGUUCUGGUGUUGGGGAGGAAACACAUGCUGCGGCCCUCCAGAUCCUGGGAGAGACACAACAUGAACCUCAUCCAGCAGAAAGCUCAUUGCUUCUUCACUGAAAACAUUUCGGAGGAUGACCCCUUCUUGCUGUAUGCCACUUUGCAUUCUGGGAACCACUGUCGGUUUGUGAGUAGGGACCUGAUGAGGGACCACAAGGCCUGCCUGCCAGACGGAGCCACCAGACGGCUCUUCUUCAAAUGGCAGAGAGGCCACCAGCUGGUAGUAGAUGGAUACGUCGCAGCAGGCAGGAGAGUCCGAUUUCAGAGUAUUCUCAGCUAUGACACCAUUGUCCAGACUUCAGCAGACUCGUGGCACGUUCCCUUCGACGACACAGAGGACAGGAGUACCUAUGAAGUACCACAACGAUGGCUCUGCCUCACCACAAAGCACUGAACACAGUCACACUGAUCAUAACUCAUAUGCUUUGUUUAUAACUGUAGACUUGUAAAUAAAUCAUUUACCACAAAUAA